AUGCAUGAAAAGCAACGCCGAAUCGAAAUCAACAGUGUGAUUGAUGAAAUGGCGGAGAUCAUGUUCCCGUCGUCGAGCGAAACUAACAAAAGAGCAACAACGAAGCGACUCGACAAAUGCUUGGUGAUUGGCAAAUUUCUUGAAAGCUACCGAGAAGCCCUCAAAGAAGCUCAGCCGAUUGAUUGGAGUUUCGAGACUGGUGAAGCGGCCGAAUCGAUUACAUUCCAUUUACGGGAUUUCAUAAUUCAAAAUAUCACCGGAGACGUUCUGGCAACUUUUGGAUUCAAAAAGGAAGCCAUGAUUGGAACCGAUUUUCGCCGUUUUCUCGAUUUCCCCGUAGCAACUUCAAUUUCCAAUCGAUUCCAAGAUUUAAACGGGAAAUUCGCAUUUUCCAUGCGCACUUUGAAAGCGUGCCAAUUCGAGUGCGUAGCUUAUGGGAACAAGACGCCAUCUCAUCAAGAUGUAACCCUCGUUUGCGUUCCGACGCUCUCCGAAGACAGUUUCGCGCAGUUUGCGACAACCUCCAAGUCAAAACUAGCUGAGGAGUUGCCGAUUCUUGCCAAUCUCUUGAAGAAAUCUGACAAUGAGAAUAAAGGAAGCGAAAUGACUUCGAAUCCUUCGUUGAAUUGCGAGACUGCGUCGACAUCAUCGUUCAUGUCGCCAAAAUCGACGUCUUCUUUGGGAUCGAUUAAAAAGAAAGGAAAAAAGGCCGAGAAGAAAUCUCCGCGAAAGAAGCCGGUGAAAACGGCGAACGCAAUCGUUGAAAGCUAUUCUCUCGACGAUAAGACAAAAGCAGCGAAAGCGGUGAACGUUCGAGAAGAAGGAACUGGAACUUCAAACUCUUCACUUGCUUCUCCUCCAGCUCUUUUGUCGCCAACUACUCCUGUUAUAAGCCCAUAUGAAGUAUUGGCUCCAGGAUAUCGCGAUAUUUGGCUACGAAUCCAAAGCGAGCGAAUUCUUCUCGAAGAAAGAGUCAUCGCCAAGGAAAUGGAGCUACAGUCGUUGAUGAUGGUUGCAAGAACACCAACAACGAAAAUGGACUCUGCUGAUCCUCAACUUGCUCGCUUUUUGCAACAACUCCAAGCUGAAACUCAACGCCAAAAAUUCACCGAGCAGGUCCAUACUCUCACUGGGAGAUGCUGGGAUGUCUGCUUCUCUGACUAUCGCCCGCCAAGCAAGAUGGACGGAAAGACCCAGACUUGCAUUCAAAACUGCGUGAAUCGAAUGAUCGAUGCCAGUAAUUUCAUGGUCGAACAUCUCCAGAAAAUGAACACCGGCGGAAUGUAA